AAUCCAAGAUGGAGGAAGACACCCAUACCACCUUAAGUGACAACAUCAAACGCUCAAUUUGUAAGAAAAAGCAAAACAUGUAAUGCACAUAGCUAAGUAUGCGGCUGCUGUAUUUUUGAAGUGGUGUUUUGGUUUGCAGACAAUCUUUGAUACCUGUCAAUUUUUUUUUUCAUGAAUAGACUAAAAACGAUAUUGCUUGGACUCGAAAAACAUUAAAUUUUGUAAGGAGCCUAUACAAUAAAUCCAUUGCAGUUGGCUUAUUUACUUUGUUUACAUGCUUACCUAAAUUUUGCUUCUCUUGUUUGCUCAAACUUUAUUCCACAUAUUAUUGUUGAAAAGCUCUUACUUUGUAAUCUUGGUUAAACAAAAAACUAUAUAAAAAAUAUGUGUAUUUAAAACAAUUAAAAUAAUGAAUGUGUCAUCUUAAUUUUCAGAAUGGCAAGCCAACCAGAUAAGAGAAAACAGCCUGCGGGAACAUAUAAAGAAUACGAACAACGAAGACAAGAAGAAGAAGAAGAUGAAGAGGAAGAAGAAAAACAACGACGACAAUACGACUUAGAACAACAAUAUCAACAAGAAGAAGAGGAACAAAGACGACAACAAGAAGAAGAAGAACACAGACGACAACAAGAAGAAGAGGAACAAAGACGACAACAAGAAGAAGAGGAACAAAGACGACAACAAGAAGAAGAGGAACAAAGACGACAACAAGAAGAAGACGAAGAACGUCAACGACAACAAGAAGAAGACGAAGAACGUCAACGACAAGAAGAGGAGAAGGAGGAACAACAACGACGACAACUAGAGGAAGAACAACGACGACAAGAAGAAGAACAACAACGGCAACAAGAGGAAGAAGAAGAUCGACAACGACAACAAGAGGAAUAUGAACGACAAGAAGAAGAUGAUGACUACUAAGAUGGCUAUAAUGAAGAUUAUGAUGAUUAAGAUUUUAAUUUAUCAAAGAAUUUUAAAUUAAACACUUGUUCAUUACUUCUGCUAAAAAAAGUUAUUUAUAAACAGUCCCAGUAGUUUGUACAAACGUAUGAAAAGUGUCUCUAGCUUUGAUAGAUGUCAAUUCUAUUAUUUGAUAUAUCAGCAAACUUUAUUUCAAAUGUCAAUGAAAUGAAAAAUAAAAUAAAUUUAAACAAUUAAAACGAUAGAUAUAAAGACAUGUGUAUUUAAAAAAAGUAUUAUAUAUGAGAUCUAUAAUAAAAUUCCUUCGGUUAACAUGGUUAAGUAUGUACAUUGUAGAUUAAUACCAUCAAACGAUGUAUUUCCUUUGUAGUCCCUACAAAUUUUACCUCUUUAACUCUUCGGUCAAUAAGAACUUGAUUUGGCCUGUAAAUAAAUAUUGUUUUGUCGUGGGGUGGGGGUGACUGGCUUUGUUGUAUACAUGACCCUCUCGUCAAUAAGGGAUUGUUGUCUGGCGAGCUAUAAAAGAGUAUUGCUGCGUGCUUUACAUAUGGUUUUCUUUGAAAAAGCUAUUCUUUCUCUUGAUUGGCAAGGAAAUAAUAAAGUGAAUAGGACAAGUCAAAGUCAAGAAUUUGACGAAGAUAGCUUUAAGGAAGGUUUUCUAAGAGCAAUAGGGCAUACAAUGUACUACAGGUUAUUGACACGAAAUGUCUAGUGCCCCGUCAUCUCUUGCAGUGCGAUUCACAAAGAAAAACUCUGGUGUGAUUAGUUGAUGACUUAAUAAUAAUAUGUUACUCCAUAUCUUCUAAAAACCUGAACAUAUAAUGUAUUUCAAGAUUAUGUUGUCUGAUGUUUACAUGUAGUGGACACACGGGUUUUUUCCAACAUGGUGUCUAGAAAAUAAUUUCGUCAUUCUUAUUUUGCAUGAAUUGCAGAUACAUUCAUCCGACCGUGUGUUGAACAUAUUGUUCAACCACUGAGGAUAAUUUGAAGGUUUGCAUGUGUUAUGGUACCGCCGCUCAGAAUUUGAUGAGCAACAUUUUCUCGCUGUAGGCAUUUGUGUUUAGAUUUGAAGUGUAUCCAUACUUUGUGUUAAUACGUAAAAUAAUUUCGCUGAUGACUUAAUGAACUAUAAAUGCAAAUGUAUAACUAGAUUUUUCAAAUUAUCAUUAAAAUAACCAUAUUGUGACAAGCCAUAUUACGAGACACUAGUAGCGACAUUGUAAGCUAAAAUAGGACAUCAAAAGUUCAAACAAAUAUGAAAAACACUAGAGUAAUAUAUAUGUAAGCGAACCACGUUAAAUAUGGCGAACUUCGUGUACUAGUAAGCGAGUCAUUAUUGGAACUUUGAUUAAUAGACUGAAGUAAUAAUUAAAGACCUCUUCUGUACGCUAUAUAGUCAUAAUGUACAGUACUUGACCAGAAUACUGAUGGGUCAUUGUGAAAAGUGCUGUAACGCUUUGUGACAUACUAUAAUAAUAAUGAGUAAAUAUGUGAAGUACCUUUGGCAAUUUUUUAAUGGUGAACAUUUUUAAUAUUCUUGAAUCUGUUUCUGAGCUUUGAUGAACUUACACUGAACACAACUAACAUUAAGACGUUUAUCUAAGUGUAGAACAAUAAUACAAGCGAGUCUUACACAAAAUUCAUGUUACUUUCUACCUUCUAAACACAAGCGUUCGAAUUCUUUUGUUUUAAUUGAACAGCAAACCGGACUGGUUUCUUUUACUUUUUGCCAAUACUUUAUCAGAGUUUUUUCUGUAAUCAGCUUAUGGAUUUCGUUUUCCUCUAGGUAUCGUUUUAAUUUUUCAACUUUAUUUAAGGAAUGACUAUAAUAUUUUUUCUGUCUUUGUAGAAAUAUCAUAAAACAUGUGGUGCGCACUGAAUAACGCGCGUAGCGGGUUAUUUAACAUUGUGCACCAAAUGUUUUAAUGUUAUUUCGAAUAGACAGAAAAAUAUUACAGUCAUUCCUUAAAUAAAGUAGAAAAAUGAAAUUUAUAACAGUCAUUUCUUAUAAUUUAAUUCUAAAUUCCAUUUUAAACCAUAGAAAAUCACGAAAAAACGUUGAUGACGUCACGAUGACAUGACUAAAUUAUGUGUAUGGUCUGAGAAAAAAAUUAACGCCAGCCAAUCAGAAGACGCGUUACAUCCAAAAUUAAAUUGUUUGUGAAUAUGCCACCGAAUACAUGAUGGUAGAAAUGUUAUAAUAAACUCGAUUGUGACGCUGGAAAUAACUAUUAAACUAUUUAUUGUAGUAAUACUUUUAUAUCUAUUGGAGAAAACUUUAACUCUACGGCAGAGCUGCUAUAUUUACAGAAAUGGGAGUAUUUACAUGUAGUGUAAAAAUGUCUGCUAAUUAGAUAAAACCUUUACAUGAAAAAAAGUGUCGACGUUGAAUACUCGAUGAUUCAACUAAGCUAUCAAAAUAAAGCACGGCGAGUUACUUGAAAUAAAGAAAUGAAUUUCUACAAUUCUUA